AUGAGCACAACAGAGAAGUACGUCUGGCUGGACUGUGAUCCGGGACACGACGAUGCGACGGCCAUCCUUCUUGCCUUGCAUUGUCCGAACAUUCGAUUGCUCGGUGUGUCGACAGUCCACGGCAAUGCAAGCGCGGAAAAUACGAUGAGGAACGCGGCUAGGUGUCUGCACGCAUUCGCUGCUCCACCGUCUAUCCGCGUCUAUCCUGGGGCAACCAAACCUCUGCUACGCCAGGCUAAGCACGAUCCAGGCACGUUCAUCAUGCUACAUAUAAUCGACAGAUAUGGAUCCAACAUCACCGCAGAGAUACAUGGCGCUGAUGGCCUGGGCGGUGUGGAGGGCCUGCCAUCCGCAGAAAGCGACGCUGUCCAGGCGAGACUCGGUAAUGAUGAACCCGUUCGCGCUCUGGACGCCAUGUCCAAGAUCAUCCGCGAGACAUGGGAUUCUGGAAAGGGGGUCAAAGUCGUGGUGGUAUCGACGGGCCCGAUGACGAAUAUCGCUCUCUUCGUAUCGGUCUAUCCGGAGCUUGUCGAUGCCGUGGAAGAGUUCGUAUUCAUGGGAGGCGGCAUCGGAGUAGGCAAUCGAAGCGCGGUAGCAGAAUACAACAUUCUAUGCGACCCGGAAGCAGUUCAGAUUGUCCUUGACACACCCGUGAAGAAAUGCAUGGUCCCGCUAAACGUGACGCACACGGCGAUUGUCACCCGCGACAUCCACUCCAAUAUCCUAUCUCCAGGGAACGUCCUUGCAUCGGACACCGCGCCUCUCCCGCCCCCCGCAACGCCGCUCCGGCAUACGAUCUCCACGUUGAUCUCCUUUUUCGCCGAGUCAUAUCGCUCGACAUUCGGAUUUGUCCGCGGACCGCCCCUGCAUGACGCGCUUACGAUCGCGUACGUGUCCAGGCCGGAGCUCUUCGCGUGCAUGCGGUACCGCGUUGACGUCGAACUCGGUGGAUCUUACUGUGCCGGACAAACCGUGGCCGACGUCUGGAACUAUAGGCAGUGCGACGAUUCUUGGGGCCCAAGCGGUAAGAACUGUCUGAUAGCAGAAACUAUGGACGUGCCUGGGUUCUUUGAGCUCUUCCUGGACGGCCUUGCCAAAUGUGACGUCGAAUCCCCUCUGAACAAGAGUAUAUAA